GGGAGGAUGAUGGAUUACAACAUAUUUUCUUGUCUUCGGAUUCUUCAUUCUUUUUCUAUUUUUGGCAAAUAAUAAGAACAUGGAUGGAUCAUUCUCUCCUCAGAAUCCACCAUGCCGGGGUUGGUAUAUUCAUCCGAUUCUGAUGACAAUAUUGGCACAAGCCGCGGGGCAAAGCUCUUUGGACGUGAAAGGCCAAUUCAUCAUGUUCUUGGAGGUGGAAAAGUUGCGGACGUGUUAUUGUGGAGGAACAGAAAUGUAUCAGCUGCGCUUUUGAUUGGGAUGACGGUAAUAUGGUUUCUUUUCGAGGUAGUCGAGUACAAUUUUGUGACCCUCCUCUGCCACCUCUCCAUCACCACAUUGCUCGUAAUCUUCAUAUGGCGCACGGCUGCAGAAUUGUUCAGAUUGACACCUCCUACCAUACCUGGUAUAAUAUUACAUGAAUCUACAUUCAAAGAGUUGGCUUCCACAGUCCACAAAAGAUGCAACUAUUUCUUGUCAAGGCUUCUUGACAGUGCAUGUGGAAGAGACCUACCAUUCUUCUUCUUGGCAAUUAUUUCUCUCUAUAUUUUGUCUGUGAUUGGAACCUAUUUCAGCUUUCUGAAUCUUGUUUACUUGGGGUUCCUUGGCCUGGAAACACUGCCAUUUCUGUAUGAGCGAUUUGAGGAGGACGUUGAUCGCCUAGCUGGAAAAGUUAGCAGAGAGAUAAAGAGAUCGUACAGAAAGUUUGAUUCUCAGUUUCUCAACAAAAUCCCAAGAGGCCCUGUGAAAGAGAAAACCAGAUGAAACUUUGAAUGGCAUUGGCAUGGCUUGGAGUCUGGACUUGGAAUCAUAGUUUGUGUGCCAGAGUUGCACGCAUAUUCAAAUCAUUAUGUGAAGAUAUAUGUGUAAAUAACAUUACCUAUACUGUAUUAUAAUUGUAUAUAUAUAAAACUGUACAAUAUACCAUCAA